CGGACGCCAAGCUCGACGCUCUUUACUUCGCCGUUGUCGCUGCGACAGGAACAGUGAGAAAUUGAAAAAUGGACCGAUAGCGAAUCGACUUUUGGACCAUGCGUGACACUUAUUCCUGGAUUUAUCGUGCGUCAAAGGAAUGAGUCAAGAUGAGCACGGUGUCAACUUUGUGCUGCGGCUUCGCUACUGCAGUAUUGCUCUGCGCUCUCGGAUGCUGCGCUUCUGGCCAGAAGUCAGAGCCGGGAAUGGUAUUCACGAGGCAUCCCCAACCAUUCACAGCACCAUUGGGAGACGAGGUGAUAUUCGAAUGUAGCCUUAAUCUCGCAGCCGAGAAGUUCGCCUGGAAGCACAAGCCUCUUGGCUCGAACGAUUGGAUACUCCUGGAGUCUAACGCUAGCGGCGGUAAAACCUCCAAGAUUGUUGUCGACUUCGACAAUGAGUCCAAGGCUGGUGACUACCGAUGCGUGGCUUUCUACGGCACUAGUGGUUUAGCGUCAGACUCGGCGCGACUUACGCAAGCCCGCCUAGAAAAGUUUAUGGACAAGGGCAACGUGUACCUUCGCGUAGCCGCAGGUAAUAACGUGCCGAUAACAUGUCCAGUGCCCGCGUCCGUACCCGAAGCAGUCAUUCAGUUCUUCAAGGAUGGAAGUCCGAUCCAGAACGCUAGUCUCACCGGUAGCAAGAUUAUGCUGAUCGAAAGGGCGAAGUCCUCCGACUCGGGUAGUUAUCACUGUCAAGUGAACAACUACAUAACCUCUGAGACUUACACUAGCAAUUACAAGACCGUGCUGAUGGUUGAGAAAAAUGCGUCCGAUCAGACCCCCUAUUUCAUAAGGCAACCGCAGCACGAGUACAAAGUACAGCGUGGAAAGAACGUCACACUGGAAUGCUUUGGUGUCGGUUAUCCCAUACCUCAAGUUAUGUGGUCGAAACUGGGCAGCACAUUACCCGUUCGAUCAACCUACUCACCGACCGGCUUGAACCUAUUUAACGUUCAACCGGCGGACAGAGGUGAAUACGACUGUAUCUGGACGAAUCGCGCUGGUAGCGUCAAGUCCGUCAUAAUUCUGACGGUCGUCGAGCCCCCGAUGGUUCUCCGAGCGCCAAAAUUAUCUACAUUCCCGGAAGGUGGCGAGCUUGAGCUGUCUUGCAAUGCGACUGGUUAUCCGGCUCCUCAUAUCGAGUGGCUGAUCAACGGUGAAACACUGAAGCCCAAUAGAUAUCUCGAGAUCAAAGGCUCCACGCUUUACAUUUCGCUGGUGGAGAAGAAACACGCUGGUCUCGUCCAGUGUGUUGCUAGUAACGAGUAUGGAUCGCACUCUGGUUACAACUACCUCAAGGUUCAUCCCAAGCAGCACAUGAAUGGCAGUUUCAAGGGUAGAAACGAUUACGGAGGUCCUGUUAAUGGACACAAACAUACCAGAGUUGGUGGUAGAAGACGUGGAAAGAAUGGAAAACGUAAAAAUGACGUUAUGGUGCCACCGAAUCAGCCGAACGUCACGAGAUUAUCCGACGUGUCGGUAAUGGUGAGGUGGUCGGUACCGGAGAAUCAUGGUUUACCGAUUCUCUUCUUCAAAGUACAGUAUCGCGAACUUGGCCAAAAACCCAACAGUAAACCAGCCAAAUGGAUGACUGCCAAUAGCGAUAUUCCGAGCCAUGUACGCUCGUUCGAAGUGACGGAUUUGCAGCCUGAACACACUUAUCGAUUCCGCAUUGCAGCUGUUUAUUCGAAUAACGAUAAUGCUAUGGGUCCUAUGUCGAGUCGUUUCCACUUGACGCGUCAAGGCGACUUGAAUACGAAUCCUUUGCCGAUUCCGUUAUUAACGCACACGGAAGCUCUUAAUCAGAACCAAGUUAUACUUCUAUGGCUAAAUACCAACACUUCAGCGGACAUUGAUGGAUUUUACGUAUAUCAUCGGUUAUCCACUUCAGCGGGUGACUAUGUCAAGACAACCGUUGAAGGCAAAGACGCCAAUAACAUCACUAUAUCACACCUGCAACCGGAUACCACCUACGAAUUCAAGGUUCAAAGUUUCUCGGUCACCGCCGCCUCGGAAUUCUCGCAAAUCGUCCGUGCCAAGACAAAGAAAGCUGUAACAGAACCGCCAAUACCACAGGUUAUGGCUGAGAAUAAAGUCGAUCCUGUCGAGAGUGUGAGUGACUCCAAUGUAUACGCGAUCAUCGGGGGCGUACUUGGGGGUGCCAUUCUCUUGAUCGGACUGACAGCCAUUGGUGUUGCUUAUAAGAGGAGGAAGCACAAGACGAGUCGGGAGACUUCGCAAGAUCAGGUUUCUGUUUCAGGCAAGCCGAUAACGAACGGCCGGGUAAUGAACGGUGGAAUCACCGAUUCCAAAAUAAACAUAACGUCGAAUCCUCUGGCUGGUCUCGAAUCAACCGAGGACCCAAUGCAGCCUAAGAGCGGACAACAAUCGCCAAUGGAAAUGGCUUCGUUUCGUAACGGCCAGAACAACAACGGCGCUGGGCCACCGCAGCUCAACCACAACACCAGUCAUCCACCAACAACAACACCAACGAGCAACCAGUCGACGCCUGAACCACCGCCCCCUCCUAUAUUGCAGCCGAUCGACCAGCCAGUUUGAUAUCUACCGACUACGUGCUCUCGACUACGGAGUAAUGAUCCGACCGCUAAUACUUUCGCAUAGACUGAGGAACUAUUUUUUUGUAUAAAUUCUCUUUUUCUUGUGAUAUGUAAUUUACCUUUUUGUUCUUCAUUUCAUUGAAAGAAUGAAUGAUACGAGACCAAGAAUGUCUCGUUAUAAUGAUUUUUUUUCGAUGAAAUUUCAACGAAAUUUGAGAGAGAAGCAAAAAGUGAUAGCUUAUUUUUCUGUUCAGCGGAAAGCGCUAAAGAUUUAAACUAUUUUGUUCUUUCCUUCAUAGUCAGCAAGAGGAAAAGUCAUCUAGAGCGUUCUUUUUUAUGUACCUGUGGGAUUGCAAAUUGAGUGCAACCAAGACUUCUAUUUGCUUCGUAUGCUUUACAAAGCAUUGGAAGUGAGGGUGUAUAGUUUAAUUUAUGUCAAACUAGGAGUAAUUAUUGACAUGUGUACUUCCAUGAUUCAAUUUUUCUUACAUUGCCAGUUAGAUUAUAGUAAACGUCAUAUACUUAAUGAGCGCAAGGAAGAAAAAUUAUGCUCAGCCAUUUCACGAACAUGAUAUGCAAAUCAUAAAAUACCUCAAAAAACGAAUUCGCAUAAUUUCUCUUUCAUGUGAAUGUCAGAACUUUUUUUAUCUACAGUAGGCAGCUUCCGUAAAAUCUAAUGCAUCGAUUAACAAUUAACUAUUAACAAAUCAAUUAAUUCGGAAUUUCCCACUGUUACGCUCUGUACAUAAAAAUUUUAGGUGUAAUUUAUUCGUGAGAUUAAAUUAAUUUCCUGUAGCGAAUUGUAAAAUUAAAAUUUUACACGAGAGAUUAAUUUCAUUUCGAAAACGUGAUGUUUAUUUAAUAAAUUGUAUUUUUGUUAAAUAGAAAGAAAUUCCGUCUAAUCGAGUAAAAAAAUAUGAGCAGUAGAGGAGAGACUAUGUUCAUCUUGCUAACAGUAUUGUUCCAAGCAUUUUUUUACACAAAUGAACGAGCAAUACUCGUAAGUCUCUUCAGCUGUCACAUUUUAGUGAAUAGUCAAAAUAAAGAGGCGUCACCCCCGACUUGUAAAUUUUUCUUUCGAGCGAAUGCCUGGUAUAAUUGUAAAUAUGUGUAGGAUGUUAUUGAAGCAGUUGCAAUACAUGUAUUUUUAUUAAAAUACACGAAUGCACGGGAAAUUUUGUAAUGGGAUGAGUUGCCGAUGUAAAUAUUAGUCUUCGAUUGUAUUCCCAUCAACUAACGGUGCCUUGAUAAUCGAAAUGAGGCCUGACACAUAGUUUUUAUUAACAACGAUUUAUUUAUAUAUAUACACACACACGCACACACACACACACACACAUAUAUAUAUACGUGA